AGACAACCGACCACCACCAUUGUACUCUAAAACAAGUAUAUCUACCAACCACGCUCCGAUUCUCGCCAACUAUUCAAUUCACACGCGGAAUUUAAAAGACGUUAUAUUCGCAUCAUAUUAGAAAUAUAAAAUGCCACCUCGUUCAGAACCCAAAGCAAGCGCCAGCCCGCCGCAAACAGUACCACUGGCGCACCAGCAAAUUUUGCUCGACAUUUUCAACACCACAUUCUCCUCCAUUCUCUCCUCUGACACCUUUGACGCCACGCUCCAGGAAAUCAAGCAAGCUCUAUUCAACCGAGACUUUGCCCAGGCCUUCUCAAAAGAGGAAUACCUCGACGUGUAUGCCGCCAGAUGGAGCCCCGGCAGAGCACUAGGCUACGCCAACAUCUUCGACGGCCUCCGCGAUAGCAUUGACGCCACAGCAACAGACGGCACGCUGCGCAUGGUAUCGCUAGGCGGGUGCGGCGCCGAGCAAGUCGCAUUUGCAUCGUACGUAGCACGCUCCAAGAAGGCGAGCAAGGGCGAGCUAGUUCUUGUGGAUUCGGCGCCGUGGUCCUCGGCGUCUCAGAAGAUCCAUGAAGCCAUCACAGCGCCUCUUCCAUUAUCCAAGUACGCCUCGGCGGCCAAAAAAGCAGCCAACACGGCCUUACUGUCACCAUCGGACUUCCAGACUACCUUUAAGCAGGCCAAUGUGCUCGACUUGACGCGGCAGCAGUGGGCCGACAUUCUUGGGCCGAACCCCGUCGUCGUCACCAUCAUGUUUACACUCAACGAGCUUUACACGGCUGGCGGUAUCGGCAAGACCACGAAAUUCAUCAUCAAUUUAGGCGGCGCGCUGCCCAAGAACAGUGUCUUAGUCAUGGUAGAUAGCCCGGGAGAUUACUCGGAAACGACAGUAGGCAAGGAGUCGCGCAAGUAUCCUAUUUCCUGGCUGCUCCAGCACUCGCUCGAGCAGAUGGAAACGCAGGAAAAGAUUGUCCUCCAUUCAAUUACAGGGUCGGGUUCAGUAUGGUUCCGCCUCAACGAAACGCUAGACUACCGUAUUCCUCUGGAAAACAUGCGAUAUCAAAUGCAGGCUUUCCGCGUGGGGGAGGAGGCUAGAGAAUGAACGUGAUGAUGAUCAACGAAGAAAAUUUGUAAAAAUAGGGGAAAGGGCUACAAAAAAGAUAAAUGCUAUUAUUA